GAGGGGUGGGGUGCGUCCAGCUAAAGGGCUUGGUUUGUCAGAGUCCUCCAUCUGGAGCAGCUGUCUCUCCUGGAACUCACACACUCAUGGAGCCUCAGCAGAUAAGAGCGGGGUACCUGGUUAAAAAGCGUAACCUGCUGAACUCAUGGAAGGUGGUGUGGGUGGUGCUCUCGGACGACGCGGUGGAGUUCUACAAAAAGAUGACCGACAGCAGUCCCAAGGGAAUGAUCCCACUGAAGGGAGCCACGCUGACCAGCCCUUGCCAGGAUUUCGGCAAAAAGAUGCUGGUCUUUAAGGUCACCACAGAGCGCCACCAGGCCCAUUUCUUUCAGGCCAGUCACCUGGAGGACAGGGAGGUCUGGACCCGGGACAUCAAGCGGGCCCUCGCCUGUCUGGACAGGGGCAUGAAAUUCACCAGGAAGUCCACGCGACGGUCCAUUCGACUGCCCGACACUGUCAACAUGAGUGAGAUGUACAACGCAAUGAGAAAUAAAGACUCGGGCUUGAAAGAGAUGACCGUUGAGCAGGAGAAAAAAACCUUCAAUCAGUGCUUCACAGGAACUAUGGUGAUCGACUGGCUGGUGUCAGCGGAGAGAGCGAGGAACAGACAGGAAGCGAUGAUGCUGGCCAUCGGGCUGCUGAACGAAGGCUUCCUCCAGCCGGCCAAUGAGAUGUCCAAGAGCGCGGCCGAGUCCAAAACUGAAUCCACCCUCCUGGACCAGCCAGACGCAAUCUAUUACUUUGCGGACAGCGGCUUUUACUCCGAGGGCAACUCCAGCGACGAGGACGUGCUGCGGAACGAGGAGUUCAGGGGGCUCAUCGUGAAGCAGGGGUGCCUGCUGAAACAGGGCCACAGAAGAAAAAAUUGGAAGGUGCGCAAAUUUACCCUAAGAGAUGACCCUGCGUACAUGCACUACUAUGAUCCCACAAAGGAUGCAGAAGAGCCUCUGGGCUCCAUCCACCUGCGAGGAUCAGUGGUCACAGCUCUGGAGUAUGUGCCCGAUGCCAAAAAACAUGAUGUGGAUGGAAAUCUCUUUGAAAUCAUCACAUCAGACGAGACCCACUAUUUCCUACAAGCCACGACAGAAAAAGAACGCAAAGACUGGAUUCAAGCCAUUCAAGAGGUCUCCAGGACAGGGAAAUGAAGAUGAAUAACAAGCCUACUCACGAACACACUCCUGAAUGCAUUAUCUAUUUCAUGAAAUAACAUUUUUUUUUUUUAAAUGGAGACUUUAAAUGUAUAAUUAGGAGAAAGGUACAGUGCCCUCCAAAAGUGUGGCACAACCGAAAAUGAGGGUACAAAAACAGAUAUUUCUGCAAAAUGUUAAAACUCAAUAUAUGUAUGUAAAUAGCAUGGAAGUAUAUAGCAAAAAUAACUAAUUUCACUCCACUGUUCCCAUACUUUUGGAGGGCACUGUAUUUAUAAAGACUGAUGACAUGCGGCUUCCUAAUAAUAUGGUUAAUAUUUACAUUGUACAACUUGACUGCCGUGACAUUUUUGUGUGACGUCACAUUAUUGAAUUAUCGAUUAAGUGAAAUAUGAACGUUUGACAUCAUGUUUCCACAGGGAGGUGAAUGCUUAUAGCAUCACCUGUUCUUUUCUUUAAUUUGUUUCUUUUUUUUUUGAGAAUCAUGAAUGCCAUUAAAAAUGGCCUAUGCCUGAAUGUAUCUGCAUUUGCAACUAAAUAAAGGUGAAAAAGCUGAAAAUACA